CGCAACAUCACAACUCUAAUAUUUCAAGGCCUCUCUCUCUCUCUCUCUCUCUCUCUCUCUCUCUCUCUCUCUCUCUCUCUCUCUCUCAACCUCACAACUUUCAGUAUGACAACGGUGGAGAUGAUCGUGGACAUGGAUUGCCAUGGCUGUGAACGGAAAGUUAGAAAGGCCCUUCAAAACUUAGAUGGAGUGGAUAAUAUUGAUAUCGACAUGGAUUUGCAAAAGGUAACAGUCACUGGAUGGGUGGAUCAAGAAAAGGUUCUUAGGAAAGUGAGGAAGACUGGAAAGAAAGCCGAGUUAUGGACGAAUCCAUACAACCCAGAGGCGAUUGGAUUUACGCAGCAGUAUGGCGACAUGUACACACAACAUAGCGACCGGAGCUCUAAUUACUACCAAGAUGUCGAGCAACCCGACAUCUCAACGCUCAACUACUACGGGAGUGGGUACUACGGAAAUAGAGAAGUUACCUAUCAGCAGUUGCCUUAUUCAUCCAGUGAUAUUGGCGAAAGGGCUAGCAUUGCGUUUAGUGAUGAAAAUGUGAAUGCUUGUUCGAUAAUGUGAAUUAAUUUGUGUUAGAUAUACUAAAUUAAACCAAACAUGUGUUUAUACAAAAGACGGGAC